GUCUCUGUAGCUAACUGCUACGCUUUAGAAGUGGGAGUUACUUAACGUUAGAGUUCACUGACAGCUGUUGGUAGGAAGUAAAGUUACACGGGAACCACCAGCUACUGGGGAGACGAGGAAUCCGAUAUCGGACAAGAUUCUCGAAAUUAUACCUAAAUGUGUCAUAGUAAAGAGUCGAACUGAGCGUUGCUGUUUUUUCAGACGUUGUCGGUCACCGGGUCAAUUUGACGGUCGCGGUGAACGUCGACGUUUAACGUUAGCCACUGGUGUAACGCUAAUACGUUUACGUUACAGUGACUUCAUCAGCGGCAGUUCAACUUGAAGGCACAAGACCCUCGCCGGAUAUCCGGACGUUGUCUCUCGCUAAUUUAGCCACUAGUUUACAUGGCAACGCUAAUAAAAUGUAAAGGGCAGGCUGUUUUUAAAGUAGUAUGAUGGAGUACGUCGUUACAAGCGUCAGUGAGCUAGUUGCCAGUGAGAUGGCAUGUUCUUGUCCGAUAAUGGAUCCAGCGAAACGCUGUAUCACGAGGCGUGGAUUUGCCUCUUUAACUAUGGUUUGAGAGGUCUGUGCCGCUCCACGUGUGUAUCGACCCAUUCAAAUGCAAAUACUAUCCAACCUCAAACAUUUGCUAACUGGACGUACAGCGGAACAUGUUUGUUGUUUGCAAUGGCGGGAUGCCCAGUUGCUAUAGCAUCUAGUUACGUUAACCUACUUCAGCUAACUUAACGCUAGCUUGAUGCGCCAUAUGGUCGAGCUGUAAGCAUUGAUUAGUGUGGUCUGUUCACAAUUGGAUUAACCAACGUCUGUCACCAUGAACUACUGUCAAAACAUUGUAGUAACGGUGGCAAGUUUAGCUUAAAUGACAUGCCAACGUUAUAACGAAGCUUUAGCAACGUUAACUGUGUUAAUUAAAGCAAAUUAGAGUCUUACUCAAUUAUAACUGUUACAUUUGAUUGGGUUGAAGUUGACAUGUAAUGUCCAUGUACCACUGGGUACAUAGGAGCCACACAGACCCUCACUUAGACAGACCAGCAUUUGUGAAGCUGAAACCCCUCCCUUUUGGGUACCGUAAAACACUGUAUGUUACGCCUGUGUGAGAGAUUAAACUUAUUUCAUGCCAUGUCAUUUCCACAACUGUGCCAAUACUAGUGUUCUCUAUGAUUAAGUAAACAAUAAUUUUUCUACUGAUAAAACAAGUAAAUAGGAGCCUGUCAUAAGAACCGGACACACAGACGCAGAGUUGAAAGAACUGCCCUUCAAUGGCCAACUCCACCCCUUGGCUUGAUGUGUUGUGAUAGAGAAGUGAGUGGACCAGAACUACUGUAGUCAAUUCCCAUGGAGGACACCCAGCCCAAACCUGCUACGCCGGAGCCGAGUCCUGCACCCAGCCCAGCACCUAGUCCAGCACCCAGUCCAGCACCCAGCCCGUUGCUGGAUAGAAUUGCUUUGCCAGCAGCAAAUCAUGUGGAGCACCUGAAUGUGAACCAGAUCCAGGUGGUGGUACGGCGCUGCUCCAGUCCAAAUGUCACAGAGGAAACCACCUAUUUUAUUCCACGCAACCCUGUGGUGGAUGCCGGCACCAACACAGACCCGCCAGUUGUCUGCUGCCCUUUGCUUCGCAGAUUUUGCCCAUGUCCUCCAAGAGGCCUUCUGGCCUCUCUUGUUACCAAAGUCCUUUUGGCAGGUGUGCUCUUUGGAGUGGUUUGGUCUAUCACAGAGGACGAAUGUCUUCCAGGGGGAAACCUGUUUGGCAUCACAGUGCUCUUCCUCUGCGCACUCCUCGGUGGCAAAUUGGUGGCUCUCAUCCGUUUGCCCAAACUUCCACCAUUCCCACCCCUCCUUGGUAUGCUUCUGAUGGGUUUCCUGCUGAGAAACAUCCCAGUUGUAACAGACGGGGUGUACAUCGACUUCAGAUGGUCUGCCUCUCUGAGGAACAUUGCUUUGGCUGUCAUUCUGGCCAGAGCAGGUCUGGGAUUGGACCCCUCGGCUCUCAGGAAACUAAAAUCCGUGUGUGUCCGUGUGGCAAUGGGGCCCUGCAUAAUAGAGGCCUGCACCACAGCUCUGGUCUCUCACUUCCUCAUGGGCUUGCCCUGGGUGUGGGGCUUCAUUCUCGGCUUUGUGCUUGGCGCUGUGUCUCCAGCAGUGGUGGUUCCCUCCAUGCUGCUGCUGCAGAAGGACGGUUAUGGCCUGGAGCAGGGCAUCCCCACCCUGCUGAUGGCAGCAGGCAGCUUCGACGACAUUCUUGCCAUCACUGGGUUCACCACAUGCUUGGGCAUGGCCUUCGCCACAGGUUCCACUUGGUACAACCUCCUGAGAGGUGUGCUGGAGGUGGCCGGUGGUUUGGUUGUUGGGAUUCUUCUCGGCUUCCUCAUCCAAUACUUUCCUAGUGUUGACCAGAAACACUUAGUGAUGAAGCGAUCCUUCUUGGUGCUGGGCCUGUCCGUCUUUGCUGUGUUUGGCAGUGGUGUGGCUGGGUUCCCUGGCUCUGGAGGCCUCUGCACCCUGGUGUUGGCAUUCCUGGCUGGGGUCGGUUGGGGUAAAGAUAAGGAACGUGUGGAGGAAGUGGUGGGGUGGGCGUGGGACGUGUUUCAGCCACUACUCUUCGGACUAAUUGGAGCAGAGAUUCGCGUGUCACAGUUGGAGGGACACACAGUUGGUCUGGGUAUAGCCUCUCUGCUCAUUGCCCUGAUGGUUCGAAUGCUGUUCACCUUUGUUUGUGUGUUGGGUGCUGGCUUUACCAUGAAGGAGAAACUAUUCAUAGCCCUAGCGUGGAUGCCCAAAGCCACAGUGCAGGCAGCUAUAGGCUCCACAGCUCUGGACAUGGCCAGGACAAAGGACGACACGCAGCUGCAGAAGUACGGAAUGGAUGUGCUGACUGUGGCUGUGCUCGCCAUCCUUCUCACAGCCCCUGUAGGAGCUCUUAUCAUAGGGCUCUCUGGACCUCGUCUGCUACAGAAACCGAAGAACUCAGCCUGUGGCACUGCAGCAGGAGGCGAAGAUGACAAUGAGACUCCCGUCACCUAUGAAAGUACACUCUGACACCACCUGUCUUUAUCCAGCGAGCGAGGACAUUUAAAGAGACUUCCCAUAUGCUUUCAUACCUUGGAUAUUUGAACUUUCCUUCAGCCACUGAGUGGCCCUCUUUGUCUGUCUACCGGUCAGCUCCUGCCGUUUGCAAUCCUGCAGGAACACAUGAAUCAUUCUAUAUUUAUAGCCUCUGGUGGUUUCCAGGCCUCAGGCUACAAACAAAUGACCUACAUCUGAGUGUCUGCAUCAUCCUGCUGUUUGAACAGUGUGUAAGAGUUUUGUUUCUGUUCCCAAAUGAAAGUGUGAGGCAUAAAUAUGGUUUACAUUUUUCUAAAGGUGGAUAUUGUUCCUACCGGUCAUAUUAUUUGCCCAUUUCUUCUUAUGACUACCAAUCUGUAAAAAUUGACUGUAUUUGGACGUGAACAGGUGGUAAUACUGUAUUUUGUGCUAUAAGCAGUUACUUUUGGAGAGUUACAAUAAUGAAUGUACUGACAGUAGUAAUGUUUUAUCAUUUUUAGACUACCCGGUUGACAUACGUUUAAGUCUUUAGGCGUUCCACAGUCAGUACGAUAUUUUUACAGCUAUGUAUUUGUGUAUGAGAUGUUUUAUUAAAAUAUGUAUUAGCAGUGUGUCUUGCUGAUGAGAAUGGUUGGCGUAUACAAAGACUGCGGAGAAUAAAUAAUUCAAAGUA